AAUGUAUUCCAGAUGAUAUAAUUUUAUGAAAAGAGAGGAAGACCCAAUGUCCAAGCGGGGAAGGGGUAUAUAUAGUGAAAUCGCCGUUUGAAUUAAAUGUAUUUGUCUGUUUUGUAGUUCGAGCGAUAACAUGAAGUUUUUGAUUGUCUCUGCUCUUAUUUUGGGCGUGUGCUACGCUCAAAGGAGGCCCAUUCCUGCCCAACCUGAACAAUACCCGGAAGAACAAUACCAAGCACCCAGACAAGCCCCACAACCAGCUCCACAACAAUACCAACAAGAAAGGCAGGCCCCAAGGGAAAGCACCACUUACAUCCCCAUCAUCAGGUUCGACAAAGAACAAGGCAAUGACGGAAGCUACAAAGCUGCUUGGGAAACCGGCAACAACAUCUUGGCCCAAGAAGAAGGUUUCGUAAAGGAUUUGGGCCCAGACCCAGACUCCAAAGACGGAGAAGAAUUGAAGGCUCAAGUGCAACAGGGCUCCUACACCUACACGGCUCCAGACGGCCAAAUCAUCACCGUCAACUACAUCGCUGACGAGUCCGGAUUCCACCCCAGCGGUGACCAUUUGCCAACCCCACCGCCAGUCAGCCCCGAAGUACAAAAGGGCUUGGACUUGAUCUACGCCGGAAUCAAGGCCCAACAAGAAGCUGCUGCCCGUGAAGGACCAAGAGCUCAAGAACCAGAACAAAGACAACAGUACCGCCAAUAAACUCUUCGAGCACAACAUUGUUAAAUUUCUGUGAUUGUAAGAUACUGUUCGAGUUCUAGUGGCUAGUACACUUAUAGACUGAAAUACCUGAUACUUUGUAAAAGUAACUAACCCCUUAUUGUAGAGUCUUGUAGAUUUAAACGAUGCGCCUUAGUUAGAUCCUUGCACCACAUCCAUCUAUAAUGUUGUUAUUAGACCACUUAUUUAAUCAUAAUUCUUAAGUUUAAUAAACUAAUUUUAAGUUAA